CUACCUUGGGCCUGUGACUGUUCUCCAGGCCCAGAACGGAGCUAGCUGGAAGGUAAACAAACAGACACUAAAACCACCCAGAAACUAGGGUUUUGGCCUGAAAAUCAAACUCAACAUAAUUGCGCUUUCCCUCUGCGCGUUCACCGUUAGUUUCAGUUUCAAACUCUGCGAGUGGCAGCAGCAGCAGCAGCUGAGUCUCGCAGGAGAAGAUGGAGAAGGAGAAGGAACCUCCGACACUGGGAAAGCGAAGGGAGCCAGAAGCCACAGACACGAGUUCAAAGCCGAAGAAACCGCGCAGCAUGGAGCGCACGUGCGUGCAUGAGGUCGCCGUGCCUGUCGGCUACGUCUCGAGCAAGGACGAGACCCUCCACGGAACCCUCUCGAACCCUCUCCACACCGGUCCCACGGCCAAGUCCUAUCCCUUCGCACUCGACCCCUUCCAGCAGGUCUCCAUCGCCUGUCUCGAGCGCAACGAGUCCAUCCUCGUCUCCGCCCACACCUCCGCCGGCAAAACCGCCGUGGCCGAGUACGCCAUCGCCAUGUCCUUCCGCGACAAGCAGCGCGUCAUCUACACCUCCCCGCUCAAGGCGCUCAGCAACCAGAAGUACCGCGAGCUCAGCCAGGAGUUCCAAGACGUCGGCCUCAUGACCGGCGACGUCACGCUCUCACCGAACGCCACGUGUCUCGUCAUGACCACCGAGAUUCUCCGCGGAAUGCUCUACCGAGGCUCUGAGGUCUUAAAAGAAGUCGCGUGGGUUAUAUUCGACGAGAUUCACUACAUGAAGGAUCGCGAACGAGGCGUUGUUUGGGAAGAGAGUAUAAUCUUCCUCCCGCCGGCGAUUAAGAUGGUUUUCCUCUCCGCUACUAUGUCCAAUGCGACGGAAUUCGCGGAGUGGAUUUGCAAUAUUCACAAGCAGCCUUGUCACGUGGUUUAUACUGAUUUCAGACCUACGCCAUUGCAGCACUACGUGUUCCCCAUGGGAGGGAGUGGGUUGUAUUUGGUUGUGGACGAGAAUGAACAGUUCAGGGAGGAUAACUUUCUGAAGCUGCAGGAUACUUUCGCGAAGCAGAACGUUGGGGAUGUGAAGAGGGGUGGUAAAGGCGGUGGAAGAGGUGGGAAAGGUGGCAAUGCUUCUGGUGGUUCUGAUAUUUACAAGAUUGUUAAGAUGAUCAUGGAACGGAAAUUCCAGCCUGUUAUCAUCUUUAGCUUUAGUAGAAGAGAGUGUGAACAACAUGCCAUGUCUAUGUCCAAGCUUGACUUCAACACCCAAGAGGAAAAGGAAACAGUGGAACAUGUUUUCCAAAAUGCAGUUCUCUGCUUGAAUGAAGAAGACAGGAGCUUACCUGCUAUUGAGUUGAUGUUGCCACUUCUUCAGCGAGGGAUUGCUGUUCAUCAUUCUGGACUUCUUCCUGUUAUAAAAGAAUUGGUUGAGCUUCUUUUCCAGGAAGGUCUUGUAAAAGCCCUCUUUGCUACUGAAACAUUUGCAAUGGGUUUAAAUAUGCCAGCAAAAACUGUUGUAUUCACUGCUGUAAAGAAGUGGGAUGGUGAUAGUCACCGUUAUAUUGGAUCUGGUGAAUAUAUACAGAUGAGUGGAAGGGCUGGACGUCGUGGCAAAGAUGAGCGUGGAAUUUGUAUCAUAAUGAUUGAUGAACAGAUGGAAAUGAAUAACCUCAAAGACAUGGUUUUGGGUAAACCUGCUCCUUUAGUUAGUACAUUCAGGCUUAGCUACUACUCAAUUUUAAAUUUGAUGAGCCGAGCAGAAGGCCAAUUUACUGCCGAACACGUAAUACGAAAUUCAUUUCAUCAAUUUCAAUAUGAAAAGGCCUUACCAGAUAUGGGGAAAAAGGUGUCACUGCUGGAGCAGGAAGUAGCAUUGCUUGAUGCUUCAGGGGAGGCUGAAGUAUCUGAAUAUCAUAAGCUAAAACUGGAAAUAGCACAGCUGGAGAAGAAGAUGAUGUCAAAAAUAAUCAGGCCUGAAAUAAUUCUUUAUUUUCUUGUCCCUGGUCGGUUGAUCAAAGUAAGAGAAGGUGGAACUGAUUGGGGCUGGGGUGUUGUAGUCAAUGUUGUUAAGAAACCUUCUGGUGGUGGUUAUAUUGUUGAUACUUUACUUCAUUGUUCACCUGGUUCAAAUGAAAACAGUUCACGGCCAAAACCAUGUCCACCCCGCCCUGGAGAGAAAGGUGAAAUGCAUGUGGUCCCUGUUCAAUUACCAUUAAUCUCUGCCCUUGGUAAACUGAGGGUAUCUAUACCUUCUGAUCUCUGACCCUUGGAAGCCAGGCAAAGUAUACUGCUUGCUGUACAGGAGCUGGGCAAUCGUUUUCCCCAAGGGCUUCCAAAGCUUAACCCUUUAAAGGACAUGGAUGUACGGGACGCAGAGAUAGUUGAACUAGUCAAUCAAAUAGAAGAACUUGAGAAAAAAUUGUUUGCCCAUCCUAUGCAUAAGCAUCAAGAUGUGGAUCAAAUUAAAUGCUUUGAGAGGAAAGCAGAAGUGAAUCAUGAAAUUCAGCAACUGAAGACAAAAAUGCGGGAUUCCCAGCUACAAAAAUUUUGUGAAGAACUAAAGAAUCGCUCACGAGUCUUAAAGAAGCUUGGUCAUAUUGAUGCUGAUGGUGUAGUUCAGUUGAAGGGACGGGCAGCCUGCUUGAUUGACACGGGCGAUGAACUCCUUGUUACCGAAUUAAUGUUUAAUGGUACUUUUAAUGACCUUGACCAUCAUCAAGUUGCUGCCCUUGCGAGUUGUUUCAUACCAGGAGAUAAAUCAACUGAGCAGAUACAACUGAGAACAGAGCUUGCAAGGCCUCUGCAGCAGCUUCAAGAUAGUGCCAGAAGGAUAGCAGAGAUACAACAUGAAUGCAAAUUGGAUAUAAAUGUAAAUGAGUAUGUGGAAUCAACAGUGAGGCCAUACUUGAUGGAUGUGAUCUACUCAUGGUCGAAGGGAGCAAAUUUUGCUGAUGUUAUACAAAUGACUGACAUCUUUGAGGGAAGUAUCAUUCGGAGUGCUAGAAGGCUUGACGAGUUUUUGAAUCAGUUGCGUGCUGCUGCUAAUGCAGUUGGAGAGGCUGCCUUGGAGCAGAAAUUUGCAGCAGCAAGUGAAAGCCUUCGACGAGGUAUUAUGUUUUCGAAUUCUCUGUAUCUGUGACUUGUUUUCCUCCGGGCCAUUCGAUUGGUUAUAUUCAUGGUUAUUUCGGGUGGCAGAAAGUUUUUUUCUUUCCGGGUGCGCUUACUUCCUUCUCUUACAAGAUUUCUGGUGUAAAUAUUGUAUUGAUUUUUUAGUGCACGUUGUAAGGUUAGGUUGUAUACUGUUGUCACUAAUAGUAAAGGGAGUGACUACAGUUAUAUAUAAAAAUCUGGUCUAAUAGAAGGAAAAAAUCAAGUCAAUAGGAGGCCUGGGUACAUCUUAUUUUCAGAGUCGCAGAUUGUUUAUUACCUUAUUACCUUCAGAACCCUUAGCCUGCCUUUGGGGCUUGGGGAGUGAGGUGGCGGAGAUUAUUUACCUGUAAUUGCUGAAAAUUCUUCAAUACAAAUUUUGAUCGACAAUUUAUUGUUUCAGUGAUAAUUUAAUUGCCCAUUUGUAUUG